AUGCCUCCCGGAAAAAAAAAACGGUCCCACCGUUCCCAGAAAGUCCGCCUGCUAUUCCACCAGUCACCACUGGAGGGCGCCAAACACCGCUAUGGGUCACCGCAGCCUCCCAUCACUCACACCAUCACUGCCUGGGUACCACCUGAGUUGGAUCCAACAGCAGAAAGCCAGGUCCCUGCCUACCGGAAAGAUCAUUACCGAGACCAGGCAGGACAUUCAAGUCGAAUAUCUACCACCUCCAAGUUUCCACGUCUAACCUUUGAGAGUCCACAAUCUUCUUCCAUUUCAGAGAUAUUGGAGAUCCCCUUAAUCAAGGAGUGCCCCAAUCAAUCAGAAAGGGACAAUUCCAGAGGACCCUUAGUUCCAGUGCUCUGGCCCCAAAGUUGUGGGGACCUGUCAGUGCAUGCACUUCAGAGUUUACCUUAUGUGCUCAUUGCCCCUGACAUCCAGACCCCAGAGUCCUCUUCUGUGAAGGAAGAACCUGUCCCCUCCCCCGAACAGAAGGAAAAUGGCCUUCCAAGCUGCUCUCUUCGCACUGCUACUACUAGCAGCCCAGAGUCUGGGCCCAUCCGGGUGAAAGACACCCCUGAUAACAAGCAUGGAAUCAAGGUCACCUGGAGGAGACGACAGCACCUGCUUGCGUAUCUCAGGGAGCGAGGGAAGCUGAGCAGAAGCCAGUUCCUUGUGAAAAACCGACUACCUCUCUCAUCAACAGUCUCCAGAAAUCGCUGA